UAGUCGACUCACUCUGCAGAUUGCGUUUAACAUCUCGAAAAAGAAAACACUGUAGCCAUGGCUGGAAGACCUGUGCUUCAUUACUUCAAUGGGAGAGGGAAAAUGGAGUCAAUCCGCUGGCUUCUGACAGUUGCAGGGGUUGAGUUUGAUGAGGUCUUUCUGACAACUCGUGAUCAAUAUUUAAAACUUUUAAGUGAUGGAGAUCUCAUGUUUCAACAAGUUCCUCUGGUGGAAAUCGAUGGCAUGAAGCUUAUUCAAACAAAGGCAAUCCUGAAUUACAUUGCAGAGAAGUACAAUCUUCAUGGAAAAAACGAGAAAGACCGAGUCAUGAUCAACAUGUACGCAGAGGGACUGCAGGAUCUGAUGGAGAUGAUCAUGAUGUUGCCCUUCAUCAAAGAUCCCAAAGCCAAACUGGAGGAAAUUGAAAGUAAAGCAAAAGCACGCUACCUUCCUGUGUUCGAAAAGGUGUUUGGUGAGACUAUAUAUCUGGUGGGAGGUAAGCUGAGCAUGGCAGAUGUGCUGCUGAUGGAAUGCACCCUGAUGCUUGAGGAGAAAUUUGUCGGAAUCCUAAAGGACUUUGGCAACGUCAAGGCUUUCCAGGGAAGGAUGACGGAGGUUCCCGCCAUCAAAAGUUUCCUGGGUCCUGGCAGCAAGAGGAAGCAACAGCCAGAUGACAAAUACAUACAGACCGUCAUGGAGGUGUUUGAUAUGAAAAAAAUGCCAUUCUUAUAAACUCUGUAGAAGAUGGUUCAUUCCUCUCAUGCAGUAUAAAGCAAAAGUCAGACUAUACAUCUGCAUUAGUUAUAUUUUCUCUUCAUGUUGAGAGGAAUACUGCACUAUAUGUCAUUAAAGACCCAAUCAGAAUCUUUCAUAUGACUCUGUAACUCAAGAUUGUACUAAAUAAAUUCUAUUUUUAGGAACAUUA